CUAACCACCGAGCAGAUCAUCCUCCUAGAACAACAUAAACACACGAGCCGGCUAUCUUAACUGCAUGACUAACCGGACACAGUCGCGUUAGCGCUGAGCAGCGGACACUGUAGCAGCCUCGCCAGUCUUUCAGGUGACUCAAUGGAAGCCCUGGGAUCAUAUUCGAUGUGUUAUUGUUUUUCACUCUUCUUCAUUAGCUAAACUGAAGCAGUGAAGGUGAAUGACAGAAGGAAAUAUCAAAGACAAGAAAAACAAGCACAGUGCUUUUAUUUUCUUUGAACUGGACUGGCCUCUAAAUGAGAGUUAAUGCUCUAAAUGAAGGAGAAAAAACAUGGCGACACUUCUUCAUCACUUUAAUCAAAUGAACGUAACUUGUGAUUAACAAACACUUACUGUAUAUAUAAAAAGCCAGCUGCUAGCAGAUAUGACCAACAACGUGAGCUCCAGAAUCGACACCCCAACCAACAUCUCUCUGAGUCACAGCGACGCCGUCUCUGAGUCGUUGGAAUACAAGACGGUGUCGGUGUUCCUGGUCCUGCUGGUGUGUGGUGCGGGCAUCGUUGGGAACAUCAUGGUGGUCCUUGUGGUCUUCACCACACGCCACAUGAGGACACCCACCAACUGUUACCUAGUCAGCCUGGCCAUAGCUGACCUGACGGUGCUGGUGGCGGCGGGGCUGCCCAACGUGUCGGACAGUCUGACAGGCACGUGGGUUUUUGGCCACGCUGGGUGUCUGGGGAUCACCUACCUUCAGUACCUGGGCAUCAACGUGUCCUCCUGCUCGAUCACUGCCUUCACUGUGGAGAGGUACAUAGCUAUCUGCCAUCCAAUGAAGGCUCAGACAGUGUGCACAGUGUCCCGGGCCAAGCGGAUCAUUGCUGGAGUUUGGAUCUUCACCUGCAUCUACUGUAUGCUGUGGUUUUUCCUGGUGGACAUUCAGGUCAGCCAGGACGGACAUGUGCAGUGUGGCUACAAAGUGAAACGGGAGCUCUACCUGCCCAUCUACCUCAUAGACUUUGCCAUUUUCUACGUCAUCCCGCUGCUCGUUGCCAUCGUGCUGUACGGCUUGAUAGCACGGAUCCUCUACCUCAGCCCUCUGCCCAACCAUCCUGACACCAGCGCCACCACGUUGCGUCGGAGCUGCCGGGAAGCAUCUGAAGCAGGGAAGGGGGGUCGCCAGGGCCGGCCAAAGAGCGCGCUCUCCUCCAGGAAACAGGUGACAAAGAUGCUGGCAGUGGUGGUGAUCCUAUUUGCUCUACUGUGGAUGCCCUACCGGACGUUAGUUUUGAUCAACUCUUUUGUGUCCACACCCUAUCUGGAUGCCUGGUUCCUCCUGUUUUGUCGGACAUGCAUCUACGCCAACAGCGCUAUAAACCCUGUCAUAUACAAUGCCAUGUCUCAGAAGUUUCGCUCAGCAUUUCGCGGGCUUUACCGCUGCCAGAGGCCAGAGGGAAACCAGAGGACGCUAUCGAUGAUUCAGACCGGCUUCGGCACCAUCCGAGACACCCGGACUUCCCAGGCCAAUAGCAAUGGAACCAAUGAAAAGGCAAGGAGAGACCUGAAUACUGCCACUGGUAUGACCACAAACCAGAAUGGAAGCAGUCAUCGGGAGACAGCAACAGUCAAUGGCAAGAAAGCAGACCAUACCAUCGACACCAGCCCAACUACUUUCGUCUUUAAUGUGGAUCCAGCUGAGACGACGCCAUCUGGUGAUGAGGAGUCGGAUUGGCCUCCAUUAAAUGAUACAACGGUUAAUUUAGCAGACAGACACACAACAAGCGAUCAGCAGGAAAGCAUUUAAAUUUCCAUAUCACCAUAGGAUAUCUAUGAAUUUGUAAGUACCUCUUAAAUCCAAUGAGAAAAAACAACAACAGAACUAUUAAAUUGAGCUGUUUCCAUCUGGUGACAAAACAGUCGUGGAUUACUCAUGGACAGGAUCAGAAAUAACCCCUAACUUAUAUUUAUUUUAUGAUUUAAAAGUGGUAGAUUUCGCCUUGACCGCUGAGUUCACAAGAGAAAGAGAUGAAAGAGGAUGUGUACAUGGCAUGAGUCACACUGCGGCAUGGAAACAUUAUUUCUUUAGUCACAAAAUCAAAAUUGCAUGUCAAAAUGUUGGCUCAUAAAUGAAUUAGAGGCUGCAUAUGUUUCAAUUAAAGCACUUUUUACUGUCCAAAAAUACAUAAUGGACUGGUUCUCAUAAUGAAUCAAGACCAUAAUGGAGUCAAAUAUUAUGAAUUCAAGGACAAACAAUGAUUAAUUUGCUUUUUGAAAGACUGUAAUUUAAAUAAUUUGUCCUAUUCAAUUUCUUGCACAGAGGAAUUUGACGCGACACAUUUUAGUGUCUAAAAAGGAAGACAUAAUGAUCUUUUCAACAUUACCAUCUCAAAUCGAAGCACUAUUUCCUCCACUCAGCUGUGAUUCAUUGCUGAGAUACAAUAGAAACGUUUUAAAAAGGCAGAGUAACUACAACUUUAAAAGAAACUUUAUAUUUCUCUAUAGUACAAAACAAGCACAGACUCAAACUUGAGCAAAAGAUCAAGACAAAUCAGUUUAGAAGAUUUUGUAGUUGACCAAACAUUGUAUAUUGUGACAUUUCUAUUUUAUUUGAAAGUCUACAACACAUAGUGAUCUGAAAGAAACUAGUGAUAGGGCAACACAAGCAUUAACUGGCCACAUAUGGGGAUUCAAAAUCUAAAACACAGAUCUGUUGAAUAAAAAGUGUUAAUAAAAGUCAAAUAAUCAACAUACGAGGGGGGACCUAUGGGGACUGACUCCCUUUUAGAGCCAGCCCAAGGGGUCAUUCGAUGAACUUCAGUUUUUGGCACUUCCCUAUUGGCAUCACUGCUCAGCACCGGAGGUUGUCGCUUCGGUGCGAGUCGUUUCUGCCACUUUAGAUUUUAUUCAAUAACCAAACUAUCAAAACGCACACAGACCAUGGAUGUAUUAUUAGACUCGUUAGAGAUGAACUGCGCCUCACGUGGAAAGUAGACGAGAUCAGGCGGCAGCAGCAGGGUGCGGUGACUAAAAGCUGCAGUCAAGUCGGACAGUUUCCAGCAGCUUUCAAAGAAUUUACAGGAAGUUACAGAAGUAGUUACUUCCCGUUUAUAUCUGAUCUGUAGGCCACUUGUAGUUUACAGACCAUGUUCGGAUUUAUUUAUAUUGGUUUGUAAAUGUAUGUGGAACUGUGCGUGUAUCUGGCAUUGGAUUCUAUCCUUUAAUAUUUUUAUGUCCGCCUUGUGAAGCACAUUGUAAUGAGCACUCGUUUUGAUAAGUGCUAUAUAGAUAACCUUCAU